AUGGCCUUUGCCAGCCGCCCUUCCGCCCAGCUACUGUUCCGGCGACUCUCUCGGCAGUUGUGCCAGCGGCGCGGGGCCUGCGAGAGGACGAUGACUCCGGACCGUUGUUUCGCCCUGGAACUCCCCGACUGCACUUUGGCUCACUUCACUCUUCGCGCCGGCGCCCCUGGCAACCCUCAAGAAGCCUGCCAGCAUCCCCGUCUGGCCGCAAUUCUGGGCUCCCCGGGACGCAGCUACUCCCUCUGCGUCCCAGUAGCGCCUGAAGCUGACUACGCAGCCCGAGUCCGGGCUGCCAAGUUGCAUCAGCGGCUACUGCACCAGCUGCGCGGCGGCCCUUUUCAGCUAUGCCAGCUGCGAAGGCUACUCUCCUACAGUCCCGGCGGCCAGCCCGGGAGCUCGCAGCAUGGCUUCCUGCUCCGUGACCCCCGGGACUGCUUGGAAACCAGGCGUGCACUGAUUGAGCUGCUAGGGGCAUUCAAGGAAACCCUGCACCCACACCUGGGGGAGUUUGAGACUGACCCGCACGGGCAGUUGUGGCAACGGUUGUGGACCCUGCAGGACGGCGAGUGCCUGGAAGUGGGCUGUGCGUUAGUGAUACCCACCCAGGAGCCCCCGCUUCACCCAGUUCUGCCGGACCUACCCAGUUCGGUGGUCUUCCCCAACCGGGAAGCAGCCCGGGCAGUGUUAGAGGCGUGUACAUCCUUUAUUCCUGAAGCACAAGUGGUGCUUGACCUGGUUGACCAAUGCCCAAAGCAGGUCCAGAAAGGAAAGUUCCCGGUGAUUGCCAUAGAAGGACUGGAUGCCACUGGUAAAACCACAGUGACCCAGUCUGUUUCAGAUUCAAUGAAAGCUGUUCUCUUGAAGUCACCACCCUCUUGUGUUGCCCAGUGGAGGGAAAUCUUUGAUGAUGAACCAACUAUCAUAAGAAGAGCUUUUUAUGCUUUGGGCAAUUAUAUUGUGGCUUCUGAAAUAGCUAAAGAAUCUACCCAAUCUCCUGUGAUUGUAGACAGGUAUUGGCAUAGCACAGCCACUUAUGGCCUAGCCACUGAGAUAAGCGGUGGUCUUCAGCACUUGCCCCCAGUCCAUCACCAUAUUUACCAGUGGCCAAAGGACCUGCUCAAACCAGACCUUGUCCUUCUGCUCACUGUGAGUCCUGAAGAAAGAGUGCAUAGGAUUGCAAGUCGGGGGAUGGAGAAGACCAGAGAAGAAGCUGAACUUGAGGCCAAUAAUGUAUUUCGCCAGAAGGUAGAAGUGUCCUACCAGCGGAUGGAGAACCCUAGCUGCCACAUGGUUGAUGCCAGCCCGUCUAAAGAAAAGGUCCUCCAGACUGUUUUAAGCCUGAUCAAAAAUAACUGCCAUUAA